AUGUACACCCAAAGGUUAUAUUACUCAGAUUUGUAUCACCAACUAGCAACUUCAAAUUCCAUCGUCACUCCGAGUUCCCUUGCUCAGCUUGCACCCUUCGUCGACGCUCAUGGUAUUAUUAGAGUAGGCGGUCGUUUACAGCAUUCGGGCUUGAGCACCGACGCCAAACACCCUAUUUUGUUGUCGAAAUCGUCUCACCUUGCUCAGUUUAUUGUCCAUCACUACCAUCUCAAUACUUUACAUGGUGGAACGCGUUUAGUAGCUUCGUUAGUUCAGCGCCGUUUCUGGAUCGUUUCAAUUCGAGCUGCGAUUCGUCAAGCCAUAUUCAAAUGUACAGUAUGUACUAGAUACAAGGCCGCAGCUCCCCAACCAUUGAUGGCAGAUUUACCAUCAACAAGGGUCCAACAAUUCCGACCAUUUUCCAACGUGGGCAUGGAUUACGGAGGUCCCUUCACCAUCAAGGAGAGUCAACGCCGUAACUCAAAGACGCAUAAGGCGUAUCUUGGGUUAUUUGUCUGUCUAUCUACCAAGGCUGUGCACCUGGAGGUCGUCACAGACUUGUCGACGGAGGCAUUCCUAGCGUCUCUCGAUCGAUUUGUGGCUCGGCGAGGUAUUCCGGUGCAGAUUCAUUCUGACUGUGGAACUAAUUACGUUGGAGCAGCGAAACAACUCAAGACAUUAUUCCACGAUGCAGCAACGAAGGAAGCACUUCAUGCACGAGUUCCAUGUCAAUGGAAGUUCAAUCCGCCUGCGGCUCCGCACUUUGGCGGUAUUUGGGAGGCUGCUAUUAAGAGUACUAAGUUACAUCUAAAGAAGGUAGUAGGUAAUCAGGUGUAUACUCUGGAAGAAUUGAUGACGCUAAUCACACGUAUUGAAGGUGUACUCAACUCUCGCCCAUUAGUCGCCAUGUCGACCGAUCCGAACGAUUUAUCUGUGCUAACACCAGGACAUUUUUUAAUUGGGCAACCUCUAAUGGCGAUUCCCGAACACGACAUUGCUGACAUUCCGCAGAAUCGUCUCAAGCGCUGGCAGUUAAUUAGACAAGCCCUUCAGUCAUCCUGGAAACGAUGGAGUCGGGAAUAUCUCCAUACGCUGCAGAGCAGACAAAAAUGGUUUCCAUCAAAAUCCUAG